AUGACAACGUUACAGGGAAUGGCCAAAGAACACGGAGGUUUGGAAGAGAUCGAAUGGAAAUGUCUGGUGCUUGGUGAUCACCAACCACAAGAAUUCAGUGGUGGAAAAUGGGUAUCGAGCUCGAAUGAGGAAUACCCAAUCGACAUAGUGUUAGGCUUGAAGAGGACGGCAAAUAUCUACAAAGUGGUCAUCGAAGUGGACGAGCUGUUCACACCGUCGAAAAUAGAAGUUUGUCUUGGUACAGGGGACGAUACCCUUGAAAGAAACUACAAAAAUGCACGCCUGGCAGCGUUCAGCGAGCCCGUAAAGAUGGAAUUCGACGGUAAAAUGAGGAUCUCAAGCCGAAUGGAGGCGAAGAAUGCGUUCAUGAACUCCGCCGGACAAUACAUUUGGAUAAUUGUGUAUGAGCCUGAAGACUUGCAUGUAAAUCCUCGAAGAAAGGUUUGUAUCAAGAAGAUGGCCAUACUUGGGUAUCCUCUCCCGAAUGACGAACUUGCUGCAUUGAACAACAAAUUCAAAAUCUCUGGGGACAACACAAGUGCUGCUUCUCGAACGUCCAGUACCUCUUCCGUCCAGUACCAAAAUCCUGAACUGGGACGAUAUAGCUACAAUGGUGAUGGUAUGUAUUUUGGAAGCAGCGGACUAGGAGGCGACCCGCUCACCACCAUACGGUUGGUGAAAAAGGUGCUUAAGAACAAGAUGGAGAAAGUCAACCAGGAAAACCGGGAAGUUGAGGGUACGGUAUGCUUACGUGCCACUCAAAGGUUGAGUGAGUACGAGAAAAUGCUGGAAGAACUUUCGCAAAAGAGAAGCAACGCGCUCGUUCACAAUGAAACACAGCAGGCUGAGAGAAUAAUGAUGGCAAUGGUUGAUUGUCGCGAUACCGUACUACGUGCUGUCCAUAUUGACUUGCUGCUCGGACGCGAAGAGGUGGGGAAAUCUGUCUUUGGCAAGCAGUCCAGCUAG